AUGGCGGCAACCCAGUUCUCCCAGGAGGAGUUAGAUGAGAUAUAUACCUUUGCAGUCGAUCUGGGCUGGAAAGCCGGACAGCUGCUGCUAGACAGCAUCGACAGGAGGAUUGAUGGCGCGGGAGAGCAGUCGUACGAGGAAAAGGAUAACGCGGUUGAUAUCGUGACACAGACCGAUGAGGACGUUGAGACAUUUAUCAAGACCGCAAUCCGAGCGAAAUACCCCCGUCACAACUUCCACGGCGAAGAAACCUACGCCAAAGGCCAGUCUCGCGAGUAUCUCAUCGACGAGCAACCCACCUGGUGCAUCGACCCUCUAGACGGCACAGUCAACUUCACCCACCUCUUCCCCAUGUUCUGCGUCUCCAUCGGCUUCAUCGUCAACCACCGCCCCCUCAUCGGCGUCAUCUACGCCCCCUUCCAGGACCAGCUCUUCUCCUCCUGCGCCAACCGCGGUGCCUGGCUGAACGGGAAACGCCGUCUGCCACUCAUCCGCAACCCGAUCCCGCCCAUGCCCGCCGGCGCGCCCAGCAAGUGCAUCUUCUCCUGUGAGUGGGGGAAGGACCGCCGCGACAUCCCCGACGGGAACAUGGCUCGCAAAAUCGAGAGUUUCGCGAACAUGGCGGCGGAGCUUGGGGCACGCGGCGGUAAGGGGGGCAUGGUGCAUGGGGUGCGGAGCUUGGGGAGUGCGACGCUGGACUUGGCGUAUACGGCUAUGGGGUCGUUUGAUAUUUGGUGGGAGGGGGGCUGCUGGGAGUGGGACGUCGCUGCUGGGAUUGCGAUUCUACUCGAGGCGGGUGGGCUCGUCACGACGGCGAAUCCGCCGGCGAACCCUGAGACGGACCCAAUUGAGGAUGUGCGGUUGGGGAGUCGGUUGUAUCUGGCAAUUAGGUGA